ACAGUUGUAUGUUUAUGGUAUGCGAUACCUCAAAGGUGCACAAUUUUACCACAACCUGAGAGAUGGCUGGGAUUCGCGUCUUCUCGCGAAAACUCCCAACUUUCGCUUCGAUUUUGUUCCAAAACCUAACUAGAAAUCCUUCAAGACAUCGGAUCUCCUUCUUAAAUCUAAAACCCAACACUCUACACAUCACUCCGCCGAAACCCUCCACGGUGUUCGUCGCCCAGUUCCACGACGGGAGGCCAAGAGGUCCUCUCUGGAGAGGUAAGAAGCUGAUAGGAAAAGAGGCCCUUUUCGUGAUCCUGGGUCUCAAGAGGUUGAAGGAAGACGACGAGAAGCUCGAGAAGUUUAUAAAGACCCAUGUUUUCAGAUUGUUGAAGCUUGACAUGUUAGCUGUUAUCGGCGAGCUUGAACGACAAGAAGAGACUGCGCUUGCUAUCAAGAUGUUCGAGGUGAUCCAGAAGCAGGAAUGGUACCAACCGGAUGUGUUUAUGUACAAGGACCUUAUAGUAUCUCUAGCUAAGAGUAAAAGAAUGGAUGAAGCGAUGGGCUUAUGGGAGAAAAUGAAGAAAGAAAACCUCUUUCCGGAUUCUCAGACUUACACUGAGGUUAUCAGAGGAUUUCUCAGAGAUGGAUGUCCCGCUGAUGCCAUGAAUGUGUAUGAAGACAUGUUGAAGUCUCCAGAUCCGCCCGAAGAGUUGCCUUUUAGGGUUCUGUUGAAGGGGCUUUUGCCGCAUCCGCUUUUGAGAAACAAAGUGAAGAAAGAUUUCGAGGAGUUGUUCCCUGAGAAACAUGCUUAUGAUCCCCCUGAAGAGAUUUUUGGUAGAUGUUGAGUUGUGCACUGAGCAAUAGUAACAGGGGAAGUAUAUCUAGAUCAAGAUACAGAAUUCUCUUGAAGAAUAAUAACCAGAUCUGAGGCAAAUGGAGAGAAAAAAGAAAGUCAAUAGACAACUGAAGUGUUACAUCACAACAAAAAUACUCUUAGAGAGAGGACUCAGAUGCUUGUUCUGAUGCUUCAUACUAUUAGUCAAAGACCAAUUUUUUUUUGUCAAACAAUCAUCUUUUUCUAGAUAAGAUUCUAUGCUGACAAGUUCUCCAGAUUUC